CUGGGUGGUGCAACGCCGCUGCGCGCUCCUAGAGUUGACAGCAUCUUCUGCUGCGCGCCCUAACUCUUCAACAACAACAACAACGACAGUAUCAGGCGAGAGCGGGCACGACUGCAGAUAUUACAAGGUCCACGUCGAGCCUCGACUCCUGGAACGACCUCACGAUGGCACCGGUACCUGAGGAGCAAGACGACUCUGACUUGGGGACCCAAACUCCGGAGAUCCAGCUGAAACAGAGCAAACUCGCCACCAUGAGUGAGGCCACACUCAGCACUGAGGAGCCACCAGCAGCGCCCGCCAAAGAGUCGGGCCCGCCUCCGGUGCCUUUUCGCCAGCUGUUUCGGUACGCUGACAGAAAGGAUCGAUGGCUCAUCUCUGCCGGACUCCUGGCAGCAGUACUGUCGUCCAUGGCCCUGCCGGCAGUUGUUUCUUUGUUUGGAAACGUCACAGAGGCCUUGGCGGAGUUUGGACUCAACCAGACGGCCGACGGGAGUGCAGAGAAGCUCAGUGAUGCCAUAGACAUGUUUGUGUUCAGUAUUCUCGGUACAUCGGCGCUGCAGAUGGCCACGACUAUGUCAUUUGUGUUCUGUCUGUACUACGCGGCGGCAAGACAGUCACGAUGUAUGAAGCAGAAGUUCUUCCGUUCAGCAUUGAGACAAGACAUAUCGUGGUACGAUACCAAGCAAAUGGGAAACUUCACUACUCGAGUCACAGACGAUCUGAAGAAAAUAGAGGAUGGCAUUGGGGAGAAGAUUGGAAUGAUUAUGGUGUUUUUCAUGACGUUUUUCCUCGGCGUCGGUCUGGCGUUUGUUAGCGGGUGGAAGCUGACUUUAGCGAUGGCCUGCUUCAUUCCGAUCGUGAUUAUCACCGAGGCAUUUAUGGUCAAGCUUCAAGCAAGUUUCGCGCAGAAGGAGGCACAAGCUUACAGUUCAGCAGGCUCAGUGGCUGAAGAGGUGAUCGGUGCCAUCAAGACAGUGAUGGCCUUUGGAGGCGAGAAUAAGGAAUCAGAGAGGUACGCCGCGAACCUCCAGGGCGCGCGAGCCGCCAUGCUGCGCCGCAGCGCUGUGACUGCACUCGGAGUUGGCCUGGUGUGGCUCACUCAUAAAGCCUCCUUCUCGCUGGCUUUCUGGUACGGCACAGAGCUUGUGAUUGAGUCACGGGUCGCCGGUGAUGACUCUACAGUCUACAACGCUGGGACGCUGACCAUUAUAUUUUUCGGAAUUGUGCUCGGAGCAGCCAACUUGGGCCAGGCUACCCCUCAUGUGGAGGCGCUCUCUGCUGCUCGUGGAGCCGCUGCAGCUGUCUAUUCGGUCAUUGAGCGAGAAUCUGAGAUUGAUGCCAACAGCGAGGAGGGGCUGAAACCUGAGAAAACGGUGGGACACCUUGAACUGAGAGACGUCCAUUUCACCUACCCAUCUCGACCAGAGACCCAGGUCUUGAAAGGCAUCAGUUUCGCUGUUCGACCCGGGCAAACAGUGGCUCUGGUGGGCUCCUCGGGCUGCGGAAAGUCCACCUGUGUCCAGCUGAUCCAGCGCUUCUACGACCCCGAGCAAGGAGAGGUCCUGCUGGACGGCCGUGAUGUCCGCGAGCUUAAGGUGGCCUGGCUGCGGCGUCAGAUCGGUGUCGUCUCGCAGGAGCCGGUACUGUUCGGUACCACGAUCGCUGAGAACAUCCGCUACGGCCGACCCGACUGCUCCAUGAAGGAUAUUGAGGAGACUGCUCGCCAAGCCAAUGCCUACGACUUCAUCCAAGAGCUUCCGCUCAAAUUUGACACGAUGGUCGGACAGAAGGGCGCUCAGUUGAGUGGGGGACAGAAGCAGCGAAUCGCCAUUGCACGUGCGCUCGUGCGCAACCCGCGCGUGUUUCUGCUGGAUGAAGCCACCUCGGCACUGGACUUGCAAAGCGAGGCUGCGGUCCAGCUUGCACUAGAUAGGGCUCGGUCGGGCCGCACCACAAUCGUCGUGGCCCAUCGUCUCUCUACUGUUCGAAGUGCUGAUGUCAUCAUCGCUUUGAACGAUGGACGAGUGGUGGAGACGGGCACCCACGAGCAGCUGAUGAAGAACGAGGGCCUGUACCACGGACUGGUGACGUCACAGAUCACCGGCGGAGGCGAGGAGGAAGAGGCUGCAGAGGAAAGAGUAGAGGAGGAGGCAGAGGAGGAGGAGGAGGAUGUGGUGGAAGAUAUGGUGGAGGAUAAAGAUGGUUUCCACCUUCCCGCCCUGAGGCGUCCUUCCAUUCCGGAUAUCACCCGUCUGAGGACUCUGUCGUCCGGCUCACACCCCAGUGACGGGCACCAUAUCGGAUCAGAGGUCAACGGGGACUCGACCGCCGUGACUGUCGUCCGCCCGGCCUCCAAAAAGAAGCGCAGAAAAACCGCCAAGAAAUCCGGUGGUGCAGGAGGACAGACUGAGGAGGAAGACGAGGGUGAGCCGGUGUCGGCCUGGAGGCUGCUGCGGCUGAACGGCUCCGAGUGGCCCUACCUGCUGCUCGGCGUGGUCGGAGCCGCCAUCAUGGGCGGCUCCGUACCCGCCCACGCUGUCGUGUUUGGAGGCGUUCUUGGUAAUCUCGCGGUGGAGGAUCCGGACGAAGCGGUGGACAACGCUCAGUUUUACGGUCUGCUCUUCCUCGGUAUCGGAGUUAUUACCUUCCUAGCCUCGUUCGCACAGGUGUUUAUGUUCGGCGUGGCUGGCGAGAGGCUCACCACUCGGAUCAGGAAGCUGACGUUCAAGGCGCUGCUGAGACAGGAGGCGGCCUAUUUUGAUGACUCGCGGCACACUGUCGGUGUGCUGUGUUCACGACUCUCCAGUGAUGCAUCCAGCGUACAGGGCGCAACCGGCACCCGGCUUGGAAACAUGACCCAGGCUGUGUUUACUCUCUUCCUCGCCCUGGGCAUGGCCUUCUAUCUGAGCUGGCAACUGGCGCUGGCGGCUCUGCCGUUUGUGCCGCUCUGUGUGCUGGGGACGUAUGUCGAGAGCAGACUGACAUCUGAGAGCAUGGCUAAGGAAAAGUCCGAUCAGGAGAGUGGCAACCAGAUAGCGGUGGAGGCCAUCUCCAAUGUCCGCACUGUGGCCAGCCUCGGGCUGGAAAACAUGUUCGCUGACCGAUAUGAAGAGCAGCUGAAGAAGACGCAUAGCAAGUACAUGAAGCGUGCGUUCCUUAGAGGUCUGGUGUACGGGGCGGCCCAGACUGCCCCGGCUGUUUCCCAGGCCAUCGUCUUCGCAAUCGGAAAGCACCUGAUCAUCGACGGCACUAUACCCUACUCACACCUCUUAAUGAUCACGGAGGGUUUGAUAUACGGUACCAUGGAGAUCGGUGCCUCCGUAGCUUUCUCACCGGACAUAAAUAAGGCGUUCAUCUCGGCCAGACGAGUGUUCGCACUGCUGGACCGAAAACCGACCAUCGACAGCUCCACCCAGACCGGAACCAAACUGCCGGGACUGAGCGGCUCCAUCAGUCUGGACGGCGUACAGUUCCGUUACCCCAGUCGCCCGGCGGUGACCGUUCUGCGCGGCCUCAACCUGAAGGUCCAGCCGGGCCAAACUGUGGCACUGGUCGGCGCCUCCGGCUGCGGAAAAUCCACCUGUGUUCAGCUGCUGCAGAGGCUCUACGAUCCGGAGCGAGGAGACGUGAGUGUGGACGGCCAGAGCGUGUCCUCGCUCCACCUGGGCUGGCUACGGUUCCAGAUCGGCAUCGUCUCUCAGGAGCCGAUCCUCUUCGAUAAGACAAUCGCCGAGAACAUAGCAUACGGGGACAACAGCCGAGAGGUACCGAUGACGGAGAUCAUAGAGGCCGCUCGAGACGCCAACAUCCACAGCUUCAUCACCAGCCUGCCGGCCGGCUAUGACACCCGCUUGGGCAGCAGCAGCAGCACCCAGCUCUCCGGCGGCCAGAAGCAGCGCGUGGCCAUCGCGCGCGCGCUGGUACGCCGGCCGGCUAUUCUACUGCUGGACGAGGCGACAUCCGCGCUGGAUACGCAGAGUGAACAGGUGGUGCAGCAGGCUCUGGACCGCGCCGCUAAUGGGAGAACCUGCCUGGUGAUAGCGCAUCGUCUUUCCACCAUUCAGGGAGCGGAUUGUAUCGUGGUGGUUAAUAGAGGCCGCGCGGUGGAGCAGGGCACCCAUCAGGAGUUGCUAGCAAAGAAGGGGAUGUACUAUGAGCUCUAUAAAACGAUGGGUUAGGUGGGCAAGAGAGAAUGUUUGUUGGAGUGCGUAUCCGUACCUACACUAUUUUGGUGGAUAAAGUGUGAUGUUUCUUGCGACAGUAUUUGCACCGGACGGUGCACCAUUGGGAACUGUUUGUUUGUUGGGAACUGUGCAACUGUUCGUCCGUGCCAUAUUUGAGUAACAGCAGGGAGGUCACUUAGGGUCACUUAGGGUCUUUUAGGGGUUAGAGGUGCCUUAGGGUCGCGCUGUGGUUUUAUAUCUCCGAGUUGGACAUGUGUGACCUGUUUUCAGGUACAAUGAGAUUUUAUGGUACUGUUACUUAUUGUUGUUACCGGUGGCGUCUUACGUGUACUAGAGUCUAGACCUGACUUCAGGGUCUACGAAAUGAUGCCGAAUGCCGGCGAACUUUUGUCCAACAUUUUACGGCUAAGAAUAAUGGGAGUGAUA